AUGGCUGCAAGGAGACCAAUAAUUAGGCGUAUGGAGGAUGAACCUGGAAAAGGUGAGAAAGUUGUGGAAGAAGAGAAACAAAAGAAAGAGGCUGUGGAAACAGAGGAAAAAAGCAGGGAGAAAGUUGCGGAUGAAGAGAAAAAAAAGGAAGAGGUUGUGAAGGAACAUGCUGAGGAAGUUGUUGAGGAAUACAGUGAGGAAGAAAAGCAAAGGUGGAUCAUGGUCGUUUACAAGGAAGCACCGAGUCCUUGGAUCAUGUAUAGGUGCAAGGAGAAUGUCGUUGUUGCUGCACCUAAGAAGAGUGGCAGACCAAAGAGGAAAUCACAGUGGGUGCAGACUCCUUUCACGGAGGGGAAGAAGCGUAAAACAAAGCCUUAG